UGGUGUAGAAAUUAAUUUUAUUAUUUGUGUUAUUAAAAACUCAGUGUUCAAAUAUUUAAUAAGAAGUAACAUUAAAUGUAAAUACUACUACAUACAUUUAUCUUUUAUGGUUUAACUAUAAAUUCGAAUGAAUUCGAAAAAAAACACGCGGUAAAAAAAGUUAAUAAACAAGUGUUUUGUUUUCGGUUUUUAUAUUUUUUAAGUGCGAUUUAAGAUAUUAAUAAAAUAAGAUAAUGUCAGAAAAUGUUCUCGUGAUCGGGAGCGGGGGUCGGGAGCAUGCUUUGUGCUGGAAACUCGCAGAAUCAUCGAUAGUAAAGCGAAUUUUUUGUGCACCCGGCAGUGUUGGUAUUUCUUCCACAAAGGAUAAUGUAGAAAGUGUGGAAGUUGAUGUUAAAGACUUUCCUGCGCUGGCAACAUGGUGCAAAGACAAGUCAGUAGACCUAGUCGUAAUCGGGCCUGAAGAUCCCCUCGCAAAUGGCAUCGUAGACGCUCUACAUCCGAAGGGCAUCAAAUGCUUCGGCCCCACUAAAGCUGGUGCCCAGAUUGAAGCCAACAAGGACUGGGCCAAGAAGUUCAUGCAGAAGUAUCAGAUACCAACAGCUAGAUAUAAAUCCUUUACUGACGCUGAUGCUGCGAAAGACUUCAUUAGGAGUGCACCAUAUCCAGCUCUGGUUGUCAAAGCAUCUGGGCUUGCGGCUGGUAAGGGCGUAGUCGUUGCCUCUUCGAAAGAGGAAGCCUGCCAAGCCGUUGACGAAAUCCUGACAGAGGCCAAGUAUGGUUCAGCUGGGGAGGUGGUGGUUAUUGAGGAGCUGCUGGAAGGCGAAGAGGUUUCGGUCCUAGCGUUCACCGAUGGCGAAACAGUGUCAAUCAUGCCCCCAGCGCAAGACCACAAGCGCAUCGGGGACGGGGACACGGGGCCCAACACGGGCGGCAUGGGGGCGUACUGCCCCUGCCCGCUCAUCACCCCAGAGCAACUCGCUGACGUCAAGGACCAAGUGCUGCAGCGUGCUGUGGACGGACUCAAGGCUGAGGGGAUUAAAUAUGUUGGUGUACUUUACGCCGGGUUAAUGGUGACGAAGUCCGGCCCGAUGACCCUGGAGUUCAACUGCCGAUUCGGGGACCCCGAAACUCAGGUGCUGAUGAUGCUCCUGGAAACUGAUCUUUAUCGCAUCAUGAAGGCGUGCGCGAUUGGCACACUGAAGGAAGUGCCAGUGAAGUGGAACACUGGCAUGUCGGCCGUUGGGGUGGUGAUCGCUUCGAAGGGAUAUCCAGAAACAUCUACCAAGGGCUGCGUUAUUAGUGGUCUCUCCCAAGUGUGUAAGGACGAGGACAUAGUAGUGUUCCACAGCGGCGUCGCCCGGGGAGCGAAUGACUCCCUCGUCACAGCGGGCGGCCGCGUAUUGCUUGUUGCGGCCAAACGCAACUCGCUGCGGACCGCAGCCUCCUCUGCGACAAACGCAGCCGCAUCCAUCGACUUCCCCGGUGCUCAGUAUAGGAAGGACAUCGCAAGAAGAGCCUUUUCCAAGAUCAACGGUCUAUCUUACCUUGAAAGCGGAGUUGACAUAGAUGCCGCUGCUAACUUGAUUCGUUUGAUCGAGCCGCUAGCGACGGGCACACACAGGAGGGGCGUGUUGGGGCGGCUGGGCUGCUACAGCGGACUAUUCCAGCUGUCGGCUAUGGACUCCAGGCUUAAAGACCCCGUGCUCGUGCAGGGGACUGAUGGCGUUGGGACUAAAGUCAAAAUAGCAGAAAUAAUGCAAAAGUACGACACCAUAGGCCAAGAUCUAGUGGCGAUGUGCGUUAACGACAUAUUGUGCGCUGGAGCUGAACCGUUUGCGUUCCUGGACUAUAUGGCUUGCGGACGAUUACAGCUUACAGUGUCUGCUACUAUUGUUAAGGGGAUCGCAGAUGCUUGUACACUAUCUGGCUGUGCUCUGUUGGGUGGUGAAACAGCGGAAAUGCCAUCGAUGUACGACAUUGGCAAAUACGACCUCGCCGGCUUCGCGGUAGGUGUGGUGGACAACCUCAAACAGCUGCCGCGGAGCAAGGAGAUACGCGGUGGUGACGUGGUACUCGCUUUACCGUCCACUGGCGUGCAUAGCAACGGGUACAGUCUUGUACAGAAAAUUAUGGCUGAAACUGGGCAUAGCUUUCACCAAAGAGCUCCAUUCAGCAAAACAAACAGGACCUUCGGCGAAGAAUUUCUCGAACCGACCGGGAUCUACGUGAAGGCCUUACUGCCAGCUGUAAAGAAAGGCCUCAUCAAAGGCCUGGCACAUAUCACUGGAGGUGGUCUCUUGGAAAACAUACCCAGGAUAUUACCGCCUAAAAUCAAAGUCAAAUUGGACGCUACCAAGUUUAGCAUAAAGCCUAUUUUCGGAUGGCUUCAAGCUAAAGGUCGCGUAUCUGACUUCGAAAUGCUUCGGACAUUCAACUGCGGCGUAGGUAUGGUGGUCAUAGUUGACCCUGUAUGUUUAAACGAACUGCUGUCUAUGGUGGAAGAUACCAUCGCCAUCGUCGGGAAAGUUGAAGUUAUAGGAAAGGAGGGAGGACAUCAAGUGGUAGUUGAAAACUUCAAAGAAGCAAUGGCCCCAUUAGUAGCACCUUACACUUCGAACGAAGGGAUCACCAAGAAAUCUCUGUCCUACAAAGACAGUGGUGUAGACAUUGAGGCUGGAGAUUCACUGGUCUCUCUCAUCAAACCUUUGGCAAGGUCAACAUCUCGCUCGGGAGUCCUGGGUGGUCUAGGCGGAUUUGGCGGCUGCUUCCAACUGAAAGCUAUUGAGCAAGAAUAUAAGGACCCGGUGUUGGUGCUAGCUGCAGACGGAGUGGGCACAAAACUCAAAAUCGCUCAACGCAUCAACAAACACGACACAAUCGGGAUCGAUCUGGUCGCGAUGUGCGUUAACGACAUACUUUGCAACGGCGCCGCGCCUCUGACCUUCCUGGACUACUUCGCUUGCGGAUCCCUGGACGUCAAUGUGGCAAAGAACGUGGUGGCGGGCGUGGCUGAAGGAUGCAAGCAGUCUUCGGCUGCUCUUAUAGGCGGGGAGACCGCGGAGAUGCCGGGCAUGUACGAGGCGGGCGUGUACGACAUCGCCGGGUUCGCACUGGGCGUCGUCGAAAGGACGCACAUCCUGCCCAAGAUCAAUGACAUCACGGUUGGCGACAUAAUCAUCGGGCUGCCGUCCAACGGCGUCCACAGCAACGGUUUCAGUCUCAUACACAGCCUGAUGAAGAAGGCAGGCCUCACUCUACACGACAAGGCGCCUUUCAGUUACGAAGGACUCACUCUCGGCGAGGAACUAAUAAAGCCGACGCGCAUUUACGUUAAGAGCGUCCUGCCCGCGUUGCAGAGGGACGUUGUUAAGGCGGUCGCACACAUCACCGGCGGAGGGCUGCUGGAGAACAUCCCGCGUGUCAUUCCCGAGAGCGUGCGCGCCCGCCUUAACGCGCACUGGUGGAACGUGCAUCCCGUAUUCGCGUGGAUCGCAGACGCGGGCGCCGUUAAGGACGAUGAAAUGUUGCGGACCUUCAACUGCGGUAUCGGCAUGGUGCUCAUUGUAUCGCCGGAGAACCAAGCUGAGGUGAUGAACAUAACGCGCUCGCACGGCGCGAUGGUGAUCGGCUCGGUGCAGGCGCGGCCGGCGGGUGGCGCGCGCGUUGUCGUGGACAACUUCGCGUCCGCCGUCGACUUCACGCGUCGCAUGCCGUUGCUCGCAAUGAAACGGGUAGCAGUUCUAGCAUCUGGUAGCGGAAGCAAUCUACAAGCACUAAUAGAUACGACUCGCGACUCGUCGCAGUGUAUGUGCGCGGAAAUAACCCUUGUGAUCAGUAACAAGAAAGACGCUUUCGCUUUGAAGAGGGCGGAAAAAGCUGGGAUACCAACGUUGGUAUACAGUCAUAAGGACUACGCCACAAGAGAGGAGUUUGACAGCGCGAUAUCCUCAGCCUUAGAGGCGCAUAAGAUUGACGUCGUGUGUCUCGCGGGCUACAUGAGAAUCCUCUCCGCUGAGUUUGUGCGGAAGUGGAAGGGUCGGCUGAUCAACAUCCACCCGUCGUUGCUGCCGCGCCACCCGGGCCUGCACGCCCAGCGGCAGUGCCUGGCGGCCGGAGACCGGGAGUCCGGCUGCACCGUGCACUUCGUCGACGAGGGCAUGGACACGGGCCCGAUAAUCACCCAAGAGCGGGUUCCCGUACUCAAUGACGACACCGAGGAGUCUCUCAGCGAGCGCAUCCUCCAAGCCGAGCACCGCGCCUACCCGCGCGCGCUGCGGAACGUGGCCACGGGCCGCGUGCGCCUCAACUCGCUCGGGAACAUCAUGUGGCAUUCCUAGACCUCACCGUUACCGCUUGCUAUACUACCAUUACGUCCGUUUGCACUUACGACAGACAAGGCCAUGCCUAAAUAACAAACGCCUAAUCGAAGGAGAUUCCUAGGCAUACAUUUAGCCCACACCAAUCGAUUUUCAAGGCAACUCAUAUAACCUAACUUGUCUAUGGUUCUUGCCACAAGCUGUGGUAUUUUGUGUUCUCAUUAUCAUGGUUUUAAUGUUUAAGUAAAAAUGAAUUUAUAUUUUUUUCAUCUGUCAUGUGUCAGAACAUAACUUUAGACGGCGCUUACGUCGUUAGACAUAACAUAUAGAGAUCGUGAAACGUUUUAUUUUCCUAGGAAUCACCUAGGCAUCCGAUUUAGUGAAAUCGGCUAUUAAAUACCUUCGUUUAUUCAACGUUCAGCUCUAAUUAACGAUUCAUUGUCAACGAGUCGACAUCGAGUGCACAUCGCCAUCUAUUUCGUUCACACGAAUGAGACCGGUCUGGUCCACCGACCCACACUGGGCCUGUGUGGUGGCCCACGGCCUGAACCCUUCUCUUUGUGGGAGGAGACCCGUGCCCUGUAGUGAGUCGGUAAUGGGUUGAAAUGGUUAUAUUGGAUAGAAGCAGGCGUUAC